AUGUAAGGGUCCAUGUUUCUGUGACCAACACAUGAACAGAACCAUAACCAGUGAGUGGCGAACGCAGAGAAAGGGAAAAAAGGGUUCUCAAGAAGUGAAGUAACAAUGGCUUCAGAGGAAGAAAGUGCGGUGAAGGAGCCUUUGGAUCUCAUUAGGCUCAGCCUCGACGAACGUAUCUAUGUCAAGCUUCGGUCUGACAGAGAACUUCGUGGCAAGCUUCAUGCUUAUGAUCAGCAUCUUAAUAUGAUUCUUGGUGAUGUUGAAGAAAUUGUUACUACUGUGGAAAUUGAUGAUGAGACAUAUGAAGAAAUUGUGAGGACUACAAAGCGGACAGUUCCUUUCCUGUUUGUUAGGGGAGAUGGGGUGAUAUUGGUUUCCCCUCCACUGAGGACUGCAUGACAUGGAUUGAUGAACUAUGUGAUCAUUUUAAUGACAAUUUAUGAAAUUGUAUAACUUCUUAAAUAGUGAUCUCAUUGCUUAUGUUUAGAUUAGCACCUUAAUUGCCAUGUUUGCUAGUGAUUUCUGUUAAACAGUCAGUUUUCAAUUCUCUUUAGCAUGAGAAUCAUGGCAUGCUCAUGAACAAGGCCUUUGGCUGCACCAUGGAGCUGUUGUUACAUAUUAGUGGCUCCAUAACAGUAAGCCAUGAUUCUUGA